AUAUCAAUAAGUUAAGCGAUAAUUAUUAUUGCUAUUGUAAUGUCAUGAGUACUCUAACUGUAAGUUUGUCUAUACCUUUCCCAUCUACAAGGGAAGCAGAAAUUGUCUAUCAAGUGUUGAGAGUUGAUAAAGAACCUUCAAGAGGUAGUGUUACAAAAAAUUUAACUUUAGAUAACAAUUUGUUGCAAGUAUUAUUUUCUGGGACUGAGGCACGAAAAGUUCGAGUGGCAUUGACAUCAUUUUUUGAUAGUUUAAUUUUAGUAACAGAAACUAUGCAAAAGUUUGGUUCACUUGAAUCAAUUUAUAAUUAUUAUUAA